AUGGCGGCGAGGUACAGCGUCGUCGACCAGGCCGACGACGGCAGUAGCCAUCCCCCUGAUUCCGCAUCGCCAUUGUCGCCCCUGUCGCACGCAACUUCGACCACUGUGGCUUCGCCUGCCUCGCCAACUUCCUCUUCGCCCUUGCCCUACGUGGCGUUGGCCGACCAGACAUUCACCCCGCUGUCGAUAGACACCAGCGAAUUCUAUCCUUCCGAAACCAUGACAGAAGGGAAGUCGCCUGGCGCCCUCGAGGCCCGCAGGUUGUUAAGUACGUCUAAGAGCAUGGAACAUUUGAGGCGCACCGGGAACCUCAGCCGCAGCAGCAGCAACAGCACGGCCCCGGCUGCAUCCGCUUCGGCAGGCGCCCCAACCAUCGUGGGUGCCAUGGUGGAAUCGUUUGAGGCGCUGCAUGCAUCAACAUCAAGCGCCACACUGGGAUACGAGCUGCUCCGGUCAAAAAGCGCAGACCAACGCCCAGUGGGGCUCGUGUCGCCUUCGCCCACGAUUUCACGCUCUCCGUCCGUCUCACGCUCCAGGUCCCCAUCGCACUCUCCAGCGAAAGAUGCAUUGGUUCUAGACGCGGCCUUGGGAAGCGACGGUCUUGGCACUGCAGACCAAAAGACACCCAGUGCAGCCCAAGACAAAACCACCACAAACACCACCGUGCCGCAGACUGCCGCCGCAACGCCGAAUCCUGAUCCGUCAGCACCGAUCUCGAGCGCCUCCCAGGCACAGGAUGCUCCAAGUUUGCCUCUCUCGUCCGUUCCUGUUUCCCCCCCUUCUACCGUUGUCGCCGACACCACUUUGAUUCGACCAACGCCGUCCGCAAACCAACCGCAAGGACGGAGCCGCGCCACCUCAACCCCGAUCCGGCCGCCGAUUGUUCGCACCUCGUCCAACGCAAGUCUAUCCCUCAGCCACCCGGCGCCCGACCCCAACAAGCUGUCUCAAGCUGGGAAUUUUCUGGGCAACAUAGCAGCUCUCGAAGCUACCGCCGAGCGACUGUCUAUGACAAGCAGCAUCGAGGACGCCAUCCGAGAGGAACACAACGAACUCAAGCGGUCCGAAAGCCGUCGGUCGUCGAUUUUGCGUGCUCGGGCGGCAUCGACGUCGGAUAGCGGCUCGGUGCAUGGGCAGUCUCAGCUUUCGGUCGCAAGUAGACAAAACUCCAUUUUGGGAAUUAACAACGCGGCGCGCUCAGGGGGUUAUUCGCCGGGAGGCUUUGUCAUGAGCCCGCACCAUUCCAUGUCAGCUGCUUCGGGCCGCCUCCGGUCGGGCAGCAAGGCAAGUUCGAUUGGCAUGCCGUCGCACAUUCUGGAGAAUGUAGACAUGACCGGGGCGUUAGCAGACCUCGAACAUGCCCAGGAAUUCCGUUUCUUGCCGCGCCACGGGCCAGGUAAGGCCUCGACCAGGAGCGUCGCGAGCAGGUUAUCGCUCGCGCAGAUUGCCGAGCUGGAACAUCCCACUACCUUGACUCGGGAGGCCCUUGACGAGGCUGACCGUGCCGCGGCAGCUGGGGAAACUUUAGAUGUCGAGGACACGAUACGCAACAGUGCCCAUCAGUUCAUCGAAGCCGAAUUCGCCCAGGAAGCGAACGGGCCCGCGACGACCUAUGAUCCGCCCAGUGACCCGAAUCCCCGCUUGCAGCUUCACCAGCCGGACGAGUACCAGGCCUACCAGCCGUACCGGCCACCCCAUGCCGAAGAUGAUAGACCGACGACAUCCGGGUCUGGCGGAACUUACGAGCAAGCCCAGGCCGCCUUUGGUGAUUUUGACGGCGUACACUGCGACCCGGAUACCGGAGAUCUCGCAACUGAUCUGGAGCACGGACGCUAUGACGCCCCGUCUCGGCCUCGCGCCGCUCUACCCGCCCGCCCUACGACAUACUUCGAUCCCGGCACAGGGCAGCAGAUGAUGUUUUACCCCGCUCCUGUCCCUGCUAUGCUUAACCUCCCUCCGAAGCUGUCCAAAAAGCCUAAGGCCCCGGCGCGGGUCGCCCACCGCUCCCAGGUUGUCAGCAGUGUGCCAAAGACAACCCGUGAAUCUCAAGUCUGGCUGCCCGAUCCUACCGAAGGCUUGCAUAGGAGUAAUGACGAUGCUCCCUUCAUGGGGGAGUUGCUCGGGGAACGCAGCACAGACGCGGACUUGACCCCACAGCCUUCUGGAAUGGAACCAGAGAGACCAGAUUAUUUGGCACAUGCCAGACAUCCGUCGGAAGCGAGCACUAUCCACCCACCUCCAGAGCAACGCGAACUCCGCCGACCCCAGCGUAUGGCAGACGCUAAUAAUCGCAAAUCCCAACCCAUCGCUAGGGUCGACGGUAUGCCUCCUCAGCUGCGCGCGAGCGCCUUUUUCGACCUGCCUUCCGAACCCCAAAAGAUCGAUAUCAAGGACGGUUCCGCGAUGAACACACUAGACAGUCUUCUAGACGCGUCCGCCGCAGCGCCUGUCAGCGCCUUCACCGACCACGUGUUCGCGGGCAAGCUCGGCGCCGAGGUGUAUGGACCGGAAAAGAAGAGGAAGGUGAAGAAGACGAACCCCCCGCCGACGCCCACCCCUGGGCCAGAAGAAAAGGCCAAGCGCAAGACGCUUGUGAAGAGGAACUCCGCCAGCAAUAUGCUCGACGGAGUUGAGGACAAGCCCAAGCGGAAGACGCUCGUAAAGAAGAAUUCUAACAGCAAUCUCUUGGACGUGAAUCCAGAGAAGAAGCGUGCCAGCCGGUUCUCUCUAUUCGGUCCAAAACCCGUCGACGACGAAUCCGAUGACGACGCGAGGCCUAAGAGUGCCCGACGUAGCGUGGACGACGACGAUGCCCGGUCUCAUCGAAGCGCGUCACCCGACCAACGGGCUUCGAACGAUGACGAAGAAACAGAGACAGAAAGCGAGGACGAAGAACCUGUUUACCAGGGGCCGCCCACGACACUUCUUGCCGAACUGCAGCUGCGCAAGCAGCAAGAUAAACUACGAACUCGCCCGCUUCAUCACACUGAUGGCAUGCGCAGCACCCUUCUCGAACUAGACGCAGUGGCCCAGGUGGAGCGGAAGGCCAGACACGGCAAACGGGUCAUGCUUGCGUGGGAAGACCCGACGGCCACCCCACAGCAGGAGGAAGAAGACGACGAGGAAGUUCCCCUCGGCAUGCUCUUUGCCGCAAAGACCGCCGCCCCCGGGGGCUCGACCCGGUUGACUAUGGAUAUCAGCACGCUCAUGAGCGAAAUGCACCGCCCUCUCGGUUUGAUGGAACGUCGCGAGAUAGAGGAGAACGAGCCGCUGAGUCGGCGCCGGGACAGGCUACAGGGCAAGGUGGAUGAUCAAGCAUCCACGUCACUGGCGGUGUUACAAAAGCGGAUGAGCCAUAUGCCUGGCAUGGGCAUGCGGUCGCAAUCCCGCCUCACCUUGCCCCUUCCCCAGCCAGGCGGAUCCCGCGCCGGUUCUAUGCUCGGCUCCCGCCCGGGUUCCGCUGCAGAAGGAAGCGAACCUGAGAUCGAGGGCGAGACCCUCGCAGCUCGCAGAGCCCGGUUGGCAGCCGAAAACCCGCUCCCGCGCACAAGGCCGGUCAGCAGUUCUUUCUCAGCGGAACUGCUGAGAGAAUUUGGCCCCGACGAACAGGGAGACGCCCAGAAACUCGGCGCCAACUUGACGCAUAGCCGCGGCGCGUCCCGCGAUACCAAUGACGGUGGCGCUAUGGAGAACGGCGGGUCUGUCCCGGAGGAGGAAGAGACCCUCGGCCAGCGCCGCCGCCGUCUCCAGCGCGAGCGUGAGGCGCGCGAGCGCGAGAUGGCCUUCAGCACGCUCAACCGCGCAGCCACGCCCGUGGGGACGCGUGCCGACACGGCCCGCCCCGCCGCGACAGUUGGCAUGGCUGGUGUUUUGGGCGCCGUGGGUCACGGCGGGGUCAUGAUGAUGGAUCCGCGCGAACAGGAACGCCUGAGGCGGGAGGCCGAGGGCGCCCGGCACCGGCAGGAUAUGGAGAUCAAGAUGGCUGCGAUGCGGGCGCAGAUGCCUACGAGCCUGACCGCGCCGUCGGUCGGCGGCCAUACUGGGGGUUACAUGGGGGGACGGUUCAACGAUGGUGGUGGCGGGACUGGAGUGCAGUCGGGGUUGGGAUAUGGCGGAGGUGGUCUGUUGGGGAUGCAUCAGCAGCAGAGAUCGAAUGCAUUCCUUGGUGCGCAGGGUAUGGGCAUGGGGCAGGGCGCGUACGGCGGCUCGACGCCCAACUUGGGCAUGUACCAGAACGCUGCGGCUGCGAACAUGAGCGUCAAUACGCUGCCGCUGCCGCUGCAGGGGGCGGGGUAUCCGAUGCCGAUAGGGGCUGGCGGCCAGGGGCAUAUGGAUAUGGUUGAGCGGUGGCGGCAGGGCGUGAUGCCUUGA